CCCUCGAGCAACGUUCUUGACCCUCGAAGAUGGCGGCGGUGGCGGCAAAGACGGCACUGUUUACCGGCAUGGAGUUUGCCAUAUCUGUGCGCAACGAAGAAGGAAAGCAAGUGAGAGAGCUGAUCGAGGCGCAUGGUGGCAAGGUCGUGAGCACAAUGACACAUUCCCCACAGCAAAUCGUGCUGAUGGAGCGCGUCAGGCUGUUCUCUCGAUUGCCAAAUCACUUAGCUAUCGAAUACAUCAAACACUGCAUCGCGGCAGGACAACUCUUGGAUCGCGAACCAUUCAUGCUAACUGCCGACUGGGAGGAAACGCCACCAUCGCAACUGCGACGACCGUCGUCCCAUAGCGGACGCAAACAGUACACAAAUGUCGAGCGCGGCGCAAUGCUAUCUUUCGCAAGAAGUCACAAACGGGACAUCAACCAGAAGCUACCGCGUGCAUUCUGGGAGCGCGCUGCGAAAGACAAGGUGACGUCGCACUCUGCCGAGAGCAUGCACGAGCACUACCGCAAGCAACUGUUGCACAAGACGCCCGCUGAGAAGGAUGCGCUAAUUAACACCUACCUGGCGCAUCUCGUUGCUACAAACCGGCCGAGGGAUGAGCCCAAGUCUCCCCCCAGGGCAAAACUUCGAGCUCCUCUUCCGCUGUUCAAUUUACCUCCGACACAAGACGCGCCAUUGUUGCCUGAAAUCUUUGCGUCUGCGGAGCUCGCGACAUCUAACCAUUCAAUUACUGCCGAGGCUGUGGAAGUGACGAGGACCUCUUCAGCUAAGAGCGAGCAUGUUGAUCCUCCAGAAGAAGCUGCAUCUCCCGACGCGAAACCACCAGCAAAUGAGGCACUUCCGACGACCCCAGUGCAGGGCGUGCCAUGUGUAACUGGUGCCGUCCAGCCAAUACAGCGGGAUCCUCCUUCAAGCUCGACGUCCGCGGAAAUUCUAGCAUUCGAGCCGGCGGUUGCAACACCUCCGAGGAUUCAUGCACCUCCACCGCGACAUACUUCUUCCCGCCAACUAGCAUCCGACGAGGACGUCGAUCGCAUGACGGAGCGUUUGGUCAUGAUGACGGGAAUGCCGCGACCGGUGGUCACGCAUGCACUGUACUGUUGCUCAGGCAACCCCCGUGUGGCAUUCAAGUACCUCCGUGGCCAGCUCCCUCUCGAUUGCUGGACCGAAGAAGAAGAUGAGUGGAUUCGAAGUCAGUUUGGCGUGCUGCCGAAGACAUGGAGCCCAGAUCUGGUCAAAGGGACGAUUCGUCAGGUCAUUCAUACGCAUGGCGGAACGACACGGCCGCACACGGUGCAAAUGGUGUGGCAGCGCCUCGAUUUCUUAACGAACGAUUAGCACAUUAGACUCCCCAAAGGCCUCGAAAGUGUGGGAGACAAAUUAUACCCAGCGCCUACAAUGUUUGGC